AUGAUUGUUAAUUUUACAGUUGUGUGGUGCAUGCCGUCGGUGGUGAUGAGCCCUUUCUUCGAAGAGCUGGCUUUGACUUACCCAUAUGCCCUUUUUCUUGUUGUGGAUGUGGAUGAAAUUAAGUAA